AUGGUGAUGCUUGCUUUUGUCAGAAUGAACCAUCUGACUAAAGCAAGUACAGGUGUAUCCAAUUCAAAUCAAUCAUUAUCUUCUGAUGAUCAUAUGCCCUCUAUUGUUAAUAGUGAUAAAAUGCUUCUCUUAAAUGGAAAUAUAUCCCAAGAACCAACAACGCCAUGUGUAUUAAAUACACCAAAUACUUGUACAAAAAAUUUAACAUUUUUUUAUGAAAUUCCAUCUUCUAUGCAUACACCAACAUUAUCGGAGACGCAAUCAUCAAGUGUCUCAGUACUUUCUCAGACAUUAGCACCAUCACUACCUCGACCAUUAUCAGAUUCCUCGUCUUCUAUUGAUAUAUUACCAUCCCAUCAAAAUUCUUCAAAUGAACUUUCAUCAUCAUCAUCGUCAUCUAUUCCAUCAAUAGUUAUAAAUAAUAAUUCAACAUUAUCAAACGUUGUUGAUGUAUCGUCAACAUCCACAUCGGAUAUCAAUGACGAUACAACAAUGCAAUUACCACGUAGUUUAAUUAAUGAAAAUAAACCAUUUCAAUUAAAUUUUCAAUUGAAAAAACCUGUUUCACAUAUAUCAACAUCACCACCAUCACCAUCGUCAUCAUCAUCUCUAUCAAAAACAUUAGCCGAAAAUUCAAAUCUAGGCGAUACAAAUAAUAAUAAUGUUCAUGAUACAUCAAAUGUUAAUGAUCAAAUACGUACAUUAUUAACAUCAAAUCCAAGUGUUACAGAUUAUAAUAUAAGUCCAUCGAACAGUACAUCAUCAGUAUCAAAUUCUGUAACAGUACCAUCAUCAUCAUCAACAUCAACAUCAGAAACAACAAUGAAUUAUGUUGAUCAAUCUCAUUAUGUUCAAUAUGGAACAAGUCAACAACCUCCGUCCUAUCAUGACUCAUUUGUUAAACCACCAUCAACAACAAAUAAUGGUUUUAUUCCAACAUUAAAUAUAAAUGGUACCGGUCUUUCAUAUGGAAAAACAACUUUACAAAAUGAUUGGACAACAAACACAACAAAUACAUUUACUUUACAAGUACCUAUAACAUCAUCUAGUGUUAAAGAUGAACCACAAGAUUAUCCAACAUCGGGUGUAAAUGGUCAACCAAUGCAAUUUAUUAAACCAAAAACUUAUACAAAUAGACCAUCGAAAACACCAUUACAUGAAAGACCAUUUUCAUGUCCACUUGAAAAUUGUCCAAGAAGAUUUUCCCGAUCAGAUGAAUUAACAAGACAUAUACGAAUUCAUACAGGAGAUAAACCAUUUCAAUGUAAAAUUUGUGCUCGAGCAUUUUCAAGAUCUGAUCAUUUAACUACACAUAUCCGAACGCAUACUGGAGAAAAACCAUUUUCAUGUGAUACAUGUGGUCGUCGUUUUGCUCGAUCUGAUGAACGUAAACGUCAUGCAAAAGUUCAUCAAAAAUCUCGUAAUACAAAUUUAAUUCAUCAUUCAUUAACAAAAUCACCCCAACAAUUAAAUUCCUUAUCAAUUUUAACUAAUAAUUUGAUACACAGUAUGAAUGGUGAGGAUGGAAGAAAUGAUGAUAUUGCUGAUGAUGCCGAAGAUAGUUUAUCACAACAUAGUGCUAAUGAUUCAUCUGAACAACAACAACAAUUUCAAGGUCAAACACAUACAAUUCAUUUAUCUGCUCAUUGGCCAUAA